AUGAAGGGAUCUAGAUUCGAAGCAGGGGACCAUGUGUUCCUAAGGAUUUCACCAAUGAAAGGGGUCUUACGCUUUGGUAAAAAAGGGAAACUCACCCCGCGAUAUAUUGGGUCUUUCCAAAUCCUUAACCGUAUAAGCCCUGUUGCAUAUCGCUUGGCCUUAUCCACUCCACUUGCUGGAGUGCACAAUGUAUUCCACGUCUCCAUGCUUAAGAAGUACGUCCCCGAACCUACUCACGUCAUCCGGUGGGAGCAAGUGAAGCUCAAAGAAAAUGCCAUGUAUAUCCUCCGACCCACUCAGAUUUUAGACAAGAAGGAUCAGAUGUUGCGGAAUAAGGUGAUCUCGCUAGUUAAGGUGUUAUGGACGCAUCAUGGGGAAGAAGCCACUUGGGAGAUGGAAGCUGAAAUCUGCAAGCACUACCCAAACCUGCUUAAGCAAUAUGAAUAG